UAAUACCCGAAGAAAGAAGAAAAAGAAAAAAAAAAAAUAUAGGAAAAGUUGAGAGGGGCAAAUAGGUAAAUUUGCCCCUCCAACCACCUAAGGGGUCCAAACGAAACCCCAUCCAUAAUCCUGCAAAAGAGAGAUAGUGAGAGAAAGGGGUAGAGAGAACCUAGAGAGAGGAGAAAGGAUGAACCGCCGGAAGACUCACCGAAAACUACCGUCGGAGUCUAUUCCGGUGAAGAUCAUGAUGCAAGGAGGUGAAGAUCAUGCAAAGAGACUUUCUUGGAAGGGAAAAGAGAAUGUGGGUGGCCGGAGUCCCAUUUUUCAUCAAGAAGUCGGAAAACCCGCAAGGAACAACUCUACGCAUGAUCUGUGAAGAAGUUUGGCCGAGACCUCAACCCGAAGGCGGAGAUCCGAGAGUCGUCCGAGAACGGAAUCAUGUCGAUCCGAUCUACGGAUCGAAAGAUAUGAAAAUCGAAAAAGAAGGUUGUGUUUCGGUUUUCGGAGGGCAGAGAAGAAAGAAGAAAAAAAAAGAAAAAAAAAGAAGGGAGUCGGCCGGCGAGCGGCGGACGGUGGCGACAGGCGCCGGACGGCUGCGACAGGCGCCGGACACGCGUCGACCAUCGGCUGGAGCAACGCAGCUCCAGCGAGGCGUCGACACGUGUCGCCUGCAAGCCGGGCCGAACCGCGACGCGAGCCGAGCCGACUGGACCGGCCGACCCGCGACUACGCGGAGGCGGGCGCGCGUGGCAGGCGCGCGUGCAGCCUGCGACUGGCGCCUUCCCGUGUUCACUGGCUGCUGGUCGAGGUAG